UAAUUCAAGGGAGAGUUCUAAAGGCAUUAUAAAAGGCUAAAAAUGUCUGACUAUGAUAAUACCGAAAAUGGAGACAAGUCAUCUAAAGAAGACGCUGAUGAAUCUAAUCAAAGUAAGGAUCCUGAAGUAAAGACAAAACAAAACAAAGCCUCACAGACACCAGACAUCAUCGAGUUGAGUAAUGAACCUUCAUCCGAGGAAGGGAAAACAAGAAAAGCCGGAGGCGGUUCAGAACCAGAAACUGAAACCACAGAAGACGAAGAGCUCGAACUGAUUGAAGUAACCAAUGUUAAACUAUUAAGGGAACUCCAGGAGCUACGUGACUUGUACCCAGAUUUCGUAAAAAAUCGCGAACCCGACCAAACAAUAGAUGAAAUCAGGGGUUCCAAGACCACAGGAACCAGUAAAUCGCACAUAGAUGAAGUCAAAAGUGAUUCGGAUGGGGAUAGUGACCUAUCACUCCGGGACACGGGCACCAACACCAAGUUCCGUGGAAUAAAUCGAAGAAGCGAAUCUAAAGAUACUAGGCCAUCUGAAAAGACAGCAUCAGCUGUGAGUCCAAAUAAACCCUUGAAAUUUCUAUUAGAGCAGUCUGCUCCUGUGAUCCCUGGACAACCGCAGAACAUUCAUGCACGUCGACUCGUAAAAAUAGGCAGUAGAAAUAAAAAAUCAAGAAGUAUGGGAAUCAACACGGCAGUUAGCAUAAAGCCCGAAAAAAUGCUACCUCGCAUCUCAGAGUCUAAAGACUCCAGUGAACACACUGAUGAAGACCCGGAGGAUGUGGAAAAAAAUACAGGGAAACUGAAAAGGUCCCGAAAGUCGCGACAUUCGAAAAAGCCGCCUAAAAAGACAGUUCUGGUGACCUUAGUUGAACCCGACGAUCAGCCCAUAGACAUAGGUAUAGAAGAUAGUGGAGUCCGAAAUAUGGGAGUUAACACAAAAUCUCUUUCAAAAAUGAUAAUGCCACCCGUUUCCGAGGCUUACAAGCACUUCAAUGACAAGCAUAGAGAUAUAGGAACUCUCAUAGAUGCACGUUUCAAGCCCACUGACGAUGGUACCGUCGUGGACUUUAUGAAACCAAUUUUAGAUAAGUCAGACAAAGGGAACGAUAAUAUUGUGAGGUCGCAACCGGAGAUAGAUCCUUAUAAGAUUCAUGAGAGAGGUAAUGGACGAGCUUACUACCCCGGCUGUGAAUAUCAUUUUCCGGGCAAAAGCCAUUGGCGUCGUCUCUUCCAGAAGAACCGUCUUCCCUAUCAAUCACUACGAUGUUGUGACUGGGUUUUCACAUUUUUCUAUGCCGUGUUAUAUGUUUUAUUCAUUUUAGUUUUUUCCAUGGCCUGGGUUGAUAUCAUUACCAAUGACCAGUUCAAGGCCAGGCCAAUUAGCAAGAAGACUCAGCCGAUUAUAAGCUUCGCUCCGGUCGGGAGUCAUCCUCAUAUCAGAACAAUCUCCUUUAAUCCUCGUAACAACUCUGAUGUCUCUGAAAAGUUUGCACUCAUAAUGAGAUUUUUACAAAAAUACAAUUACGAGAAUUCUGGAAAGGAAUCCCGCUUUGGAGUCUGUACACCCAGCAACAAGUUUGGCUAUUCCACCGGUCAGCCUUGUGUCUUCCUUAAAGCAAAUCGCGUCAUUGGUUUCAAAACAGAACCGUAUACACACAUCGAUGAGGUGUCUCAGAGAGGCAACAUCAGCAAUAAGGAUUAUUUAGAUUUAAAGAAUCUAUUGGAGAAUAAUAGUGCUUCGGAGGUUGAUCGACAGAAUCGUACCUGGAUCACCUGCAAUACGGGUCAGCACAAGGAUAUCGAGAUUGUGUUUCAUCCAGAGCCAGCCUUCAGAACUGAAUACACUGAUAUUGGUGAGGAAACGAUUGUGCAUGAAGCGGUUACAGCUAAAAGGAGGGCAUUGUUUGGACCUGAAGAUCUGAAUCGUAUAGUGGCUCUGGAGAUCAAAAAUCUAAAGGCAAAUGAGAAAGUUCAGGUUAGAUGCAAGCUGUGGGCUCAUAAUAUCCGUCAAGAAAAAGAGGAUCAGGGUCAAAUCGUGUUUUAUGUGGUCUUAUUGGGUGAUCCACCGGGUAAAAGCACUGAGAAUGUUACUAGACAUCAUGAUGAUUCAUUGUAA